CUCUUGGCUGUGGUGGGGUCAAAGUUCCCUGUGGGAGGCUGAUUCUGCAAUUUGGAUCCUAAAGAAAGAAAUAAUUACAAGCUCCUCAGGCUGCCCUUCUGGGCUGAAAGAAGCGGAACACCCUUUUCCACUUUCUGGGCUGGAGAACAAGGUAACUGGGCAAGAAGUCCUUCAGAAGCAAGUGGCAGCCUCCUGGGUGGUCUCUGUUAAUAAAAGAAGGGGUAUGGCAUGAAACAGCCUUGGGAAACUACUGAGAGCAGAGAAUAAAGGUUGGGAACCGAGGCUUUGUCCCAAGCUCUGGGUGCUGCCGCUGGUGCAAAGACCACACUUUGAAUAGCAAGACACUACAACAGCCCUGGGCAGCACAGGGCCACCAUCCACCUGUGACUCUCGAAAUAUAGCUGAUCCAAACGGAGCAAUGCUUGCAAGAUGCACAGACCACAUGAGGCUGUGGCUCAGAGGACUGGGCCUCCAGGCCCUGAGGAGCUUCCGGGAGUUCUCUGGGGUGCACACGCAGCUGCCACCGCUUCCUGACCCCCAGAAGAUUCUGGCCAGCUGGGAAGCCAUCAGCCUAGGGAGGCAGCCGGUGCCCGAGUACUUCAACUUCGCCCAUGAUGUGCUGGACAUGUGGACUGAGCUGGAAAAGGCUGGGCAGUGGCCCUCGUGCCCCGCAUUCUGGUGGGUGGACGGCCGGGGAGCAGAGAUCAAGUGGAGCUUUGCAGAGCUGGGGACGCAGUCCAGGAAGGCAGCCAACGUACUGGAGGACGCGUGCGGCCUGCAGCCUGGGGACAGGAUGAUGCUGGUGCUCCCACGACUCCCAGAGUGGUGGCUCGUCGGUGUGGCCUGCAUGCGGACAGGGGUGGUCAUGAUUCCAGGUGUCUCGCAGCUGACGGAGAAGGACCUCAAGUACCGGCUUCAGGUGUCCAGGGCCAAGUCCCUUAUCACCAGUGACGCUCUAGCUGCGCAGGUGGACGCCAUCAGUGCCGAGUGCCCCUCCCUGCAGACCAAGCUGUUGGUGUCAGACAGCAGUCGCCCAGGCUGGAUGAACUUCAGGGAGCUACUGCAAGAGGCGUCCACAGAGCACAGCUGUGUGAAGACCAGGAGUCGGGAUGCCCUGGCCAUCUACUUCACCAGUGGCACGACUGGAGCCCCCAAGAUGGUGGGGCACUCCCAUUGCAGCUACGGACUGGGUUUUGUGGCCAGUGGAAGCCGGUGGAUGGGCCUGACUGGAUCAGAUAUCUUCUGGAACACAAGUGACACUGGCUGGGUGAAGGCAGCUUGGAGUCUGUUCCCCACCUGGGCCAUUGGAUCUUGUGUCUUUGUACAUGAGAUGCCCCGAGUUGAUACCAAAGUUAUCCUGAACACCCUCUCCAGGUUCCCAAUAACCAACUUCUGCUGUGUCCCAACCAUCUUCCGGCUGCUUGUUCAGGAGGAUCUGACCAGGUACCAGUUCCAGAGGCUGCGGCACUGUCUGACCGGAGGAGAGGCCCUCAACCCUGAUGUGAGAGAGAAGUGGAGGUGUCAGACGGGCCUGGAGCUCCAUGAAGGCUACGGGCAGUCAGAGACGGUUACAGUCUGUGCCAAUGCGAGAGGCACAAAGAUCAAGUCUGGCUCCAUGGGCCAAGCGUCCCCACCUUACGAUGUGCAGAUUGUGGAUGAUGAGGGCAACGUCCUGCCUCCGGGAGAAGAGGGGAACGUUGCUGUCCGCGUCAGACCCACCCGGCCCUUCUGUUUCUUUGAUUGCUAUUUGGACAAUCCUGAGAAGACAGCUGCAUCGGAACGAGGAGACUUCUACAUCACAGGGGACCGAGGCCGCAUGGACACAGAUGGCUACUUUUGGUUCACGGGAAGAAAUGAUGAUGUGAUCAACUCCUCAAGCUACCGCAUUGGACCUGUUGAAGUGGAGAGUGUCCUCGCCGAACAUCCUGCUGUCCUUGAGUGUGCUGUGGUCAGCAGCCCAGACCCCAUCCGAGGGGAGGUGGUGAAGGCCUUCGUAGUCCUCUCUCCAGCCUACUCCUCCCAUGACCCGGAGGCACUGACCCGGGAACUCCAGGAGCAUGUGAAGAGGGUGACGGCUCCCUACAAGUACCCCAGGAAGGUGGCUUUUGUUUCAGAGCUGCCAAAGACAGUUUCUGGAAAGAUCCAAAGGAGUAAAUUGAGAGACCAAGAAUGGGGGAGAUGACGUGUAACCCCAGCCUCACAGCCCUCUGGGUGCUCCAGGAAAUGCUGGGAUCCCUGUCAGCCCCCGCUCAGAACAUCGUCCCCUCAACCUCACAGACAUCAAGAUGCUCAGCUUCUAAGUGGCUUCUAAGUGGGCUUCUCCAGGAUCACUGCAGGAUCCCUGGAGAAGAAAGGACAAACAUCACUGACCCAGAGCCCAGAGCCGCAGCCCAGUCCAGCAAAUGCCCUGCUGCCUGGAGGUGUCCCCAGCGUCUUACUCCUUGGUCUUACUAAGAGAUCCCAGCUGCCCAAGGACUGAUGGGUUGCCAUAGCCUUGACGAGUUGUGUGCCAUCCCUCACGUGGGAUAAAAAGCCUUUGGGAUGAAGCCAUUUGGUAGUAGCAUCCAGGUCAUAAAACUGGUCACACCCUUUAAUUUAGAAAUUCCAGCUCUGGGAGGCUGAGGCAGGAGGAUUACUUAGAGAUUUAAUGAGACUCUGUCUCAUAGGGAGAAAAAAAAAAAAAAACCAGGGGAUAUAGCUCAGUGCAAAAGCAUUAGGCUUACUCCCCCAUAGUGCAAAAGAAAAAAAGUAGAAAACAUUUGGUGCA